AUGGCUUUGACGGCCCUUUCUGAUGCUAAUUAUGCUGGUGAUCCUGAUGAUCGUAAAUCCACUGGUGGGUAUUGCAUUUAUUUGGGUUCAAAUUGGUUUCUUGGAGCUCCAAGAGAUAGCGUGGUGUUUCUCGCUCAAAACAAGGAUCUAACAGUUGGAUAUGGCUCGGAUGAAGACGAAGUUGCAUUCAUCCCAGUGCUUAAUCAGCCCUUAUCUUCCAAUAGAUACCAUGUGAUACUUCGGAGAGGGAACCAUAAAGGGGAAGCGUGCACAAACUCAAGGGAAGAGGACAUGGAGAUUGACUGUUGCGGUUGUACCAAUGUUCCAGAUGCUAAACCAAAACCACUGGAACCAUCAGAUGUACACCAGCAAGUUGAGAUCGUUCCUAGGGAGGGUCGUAAGGGUUUCUUUGUUGCCAAGUCUGUUGAUCCAGAUGGGUUUCCUCCUUCCUUCUUGAGGAGAAAAGGGUGGGCUGUGACCAUGCACACACCCCGUCAUUACCGAUUGGGUGAAGCCUCAGGACUCAACUCCUCAGUACGAGCAAGGCUUCCGGGGUUUGAUUUUCCACUAUCACAUGAAGCUGUGUUUGUUGGUAAGUGGUAUUGUCCUUUCAUGUUUGUCAAGGAAGGAGGGGUGAGGCUGAAGGACCAAAUGACAAAAUGCAUGUUCUAUGAAAUUAGACUUGAGCAAAGAUGGGAAAAGAUUUUCGAUAGCGUUAACGAAAAUGUUGAAGGAAAAAAUAAAGGUGCUGUGUUUGUGGAUGCUUUUGUUCAAAGAGAGGUGGUUUUUUUUGGUGGAAGUGAGGCUAUUUGGGAUGAAAGAAAUGUGAGUGGUGAAGGGUUCAUGUUGUUUACGAGUUUUGAUGGUGUGGGAGGAGAAACAAGUGUGGGAUUGAGCAUGAAAGUUGUAGAGAGAAUGAAAUGGGAACAAGAAAGAGUUGGAUGA